GAGCGAAAGCUUCUGACGUCACGUCAUCAGGAAGUAAACAACAAUGGCUGUACGUUGUACGGACAAGUUACACUACUCGUAUUUAUUCAUGUAUAUAGCGGUGUGUGUUUUGUUUGGAAAAUCGACCGGCACGUUGACUUCAGCUAAAUCUGGACUUGGUGAAAUCAAGUAUUUGCGAAGUUUUCGAAGUGUUACAGAAGAGCCUACAGCUCCACCUCCAGGGGUCAGGUUGCACCCCGGCGUCGUUGCAGCCGUCGUAAUCGUCGCAAUUGCUGCAAUAGUGGCUGCAGUUUUUAUUAUUAAAAAAUAUUGCUUCCCGCAGAGUGAUGCCACAUACAGAUACUCAGUGCUGAGACGGAUGGAGGAGCAGAGAGAAGAAGAAUCUGAUGAGGAUCUUUUGGAGUGAAACCGGAGGUGACAUGGAUUUAAAAAAAUAAUAAUAAUUCUCCAGAUUUUCUUCAUAAACAGUUUGUCCUUUUCAGCCCCAUCUUCCCUCUGUCCUUACAUUUAAUGCCAAAACCAUUAUAGGUUUUUAACAGUCACAUGGUGCUAGUAAACUUCAUAGCUGUGAAUGGUAAAAUGAUUUAUUAAGAGCUGCCUUUAGGAUCCACAUUGGAGCAAUUUCAAGGGGGGAUCUUUGACACACAGCCAAUGGGACUGUGAGUUGCUUUGUUUAUUAUUAUUAUUAUUAUUAUUAUUAUUAUUAUUAUUAUUAUUAUUAUUAUUAUUAUUAUUAUUAUUACUUGGUCCAGGAAAUAGAUUCUAGAUUCAAAGUUGCUGUAAUUCUUUUUAUUUUAAUUAACUGGGAUUUGGUCUAAUUCCCCCAAAUUCAAAAACAACUCAAUUUGAGUCUGUGGAAAUUUCAGAAAUAAAAAGCUACAUGGCUCUGAUAAAUGGUCAAAAUAUGAUUGCAUUUAUUUAAAUAAUAAGUCUAUUUGAACAGCUGGAUUAUGUGUAAAUAAAUCUGUACUGAGGAGGUCCAUGAAAUGUAUUAAAGUUAAAUUUAAAGCAGUCUCCUGCUGUUAGAAAACUCCUGCUAUACAGUUUAUCACAACAAUACAGAACUGGCUUUAUUAAACUCCUUAAUCUGUAUUGCCACUCAUUUUAAGGGACUUUAUGUUGGACAUUUUUUUCUCUUUAUUUAUUGUAUGUAGUGUAGUUACAACACUUUUGCAUAUUUCUCCCUAUUCAUAUUAAGAUUUGUGGGCAGCUGUCUUAUCAGAUGAUUGGGCUUUUGCACAAACCUUCUUUAGUUUUUCUUUAUUUGCACAGAGGUUACAAAAAAAGGGGUUGGUCUACUGGUAUUCCUCUCCUCUAUUAUUAAUUAUUAAUUGAGAUGAUUAUGUUAAAUCAGUUUUGAAUUAUCCAAUAUUAUUCAAUAACUUAAAUAUGGUCCAUUCUGUAUUAUUUUGUGGUGUUCUGUUUGUUUUAUUAAGCUGUCUGAAAAUGUGAUUAGAUUUCCUUGUGAUAAAUUUUGUUUGGUUGCUGUGCUUGUGCAAUAGAUUGUAUGCCUUGAUAUGUACCUCUGAAACACUGAAAGAUUUUAUGAUCUGAAAUUGUUUAAUCAGUGAUGGCUGAAAAUUCACCACUCAAGAUUAAAGUUAUUUAAAAGCAUAUUGUUUAUUCAAAUUUUUUAGUUUACACACUCUGCUGCAAUAAAAGAUAGUUGUUUACAUAGUGGGUGGUACUGUAGGGCAGGUGGGAUCUUUGGCAUCUGAUCGGAUUCAACCCUGAGCUCAGGUUUCCGUGCAUGCUGCCUCUUUGUUUCCGUAAGUUUCUUCUGGUUUCCUCCCACCACCCAAAACAUGUCAGUAGGUGGAUUAGCUAAGAUAAAGCCUCUAGGUUUAAAUGAGAUGUUGUAAAUGAAAUGUUGUAAAUCAGUAUAAGAUUCAUAUUGACUGCAACCCUGGUCAGGAUAAAACAAUUAAUAAAAGUGAGUGACAAUGUUUAUAUAGUAAAAAUGAAAGUCAAAUGAUUAACUAGAGGGAUGGCUGCAAAGAAAACAAUUGUAUGACAGAAAUAUUUACAGAGUUCAGGGUGUGUCAAGGUUUGGUGCCUCCUGGUCUGAUUAUCUUUUUUUUACAUUGUGACUUCUUAAACAGCUCCAUUCUGUAGGCAGGCAAGUUUCAGAAAUACAAUAUACUUAAAAUAGUACUGAAGAUAGAUAAGAUGAACACAGGCAGGAUAAGACAUAAAGGUAAGGAUCCUGUAAGUUCCUGGUUAAUCAAUCAUUUGCUUCUACAAUAGGCGCUUAUAAUAUGGACUUUUUUGUAUUUCCAGAGCUGUGCUUAGCUGUUACAUUUGUGAUCAUCAUUGUCUUCAUAUUCGGGUUCCUGUUAAAGGAAACACCUCAACAAGAGCAUGCAAAAUAUGUGCAUGGAAUGGAAAGUUCAGACUGUGUUUCUCCAGCUUUGUUUGAGGCUUAUCCAGGUUGCUGUCCUCAUAAAGUAUGCCCAGCAGACCACUUCCCCUUCUUUGUGCGCAGUGGGGCAGCCAAUGCAGUUGGGCCAAAGAUCUGUUUUAACAACAGGAUUGUUAUGUCAGGAGGACAAAGCAAUGUUGGAUUGGGUGUAAACAUGGUCAUAGUGGAUGGUGAAACCGGGAAUAUACUGAGGAGUGACUUCUUUGAGCUCAUUACUGAAGGAUUGCUUGACAUUCUAAAGACAAUACAAAAGGGAAAUAUAGUUUUAGUAGCCUCAUAUGCAGACCCUUCUAUACAAUUAACUGAUGAGGUCAGAGAGCUAUUUGCUGGCAUGGGUAGCAGUAUGGUCUACUCUGUGAAGUACCGGGAUAGCUGGGUGUUUGCAGGGGCAGGUGGACUGAAUAAGGAGAGUCCUUUUGAGAAGCUCAUCGUGAAUGAUCAGAAGACGAAUGCGUAUGGAGAUUGGCCAGAGAUGGGGGAGCUUGGUGGCUGCUUUCCCAGAAAGGUUUGAUCAGUACUAAAUGAGCCUGCUGCACCAGCCACCUGGAGACCAUUAAAAUACAGAACACUGCAACUGAGGGACGUAAAUCAUAACAUUUUGAACUGUUUUAGAAUAUUCACAUAUGGAUGCCUGGAUGUAUUAGCCAUAUAUUGGCCUUAAUUUGAAUCUAAAUUUGUAUCAGAAGUAAAUCUAAUCCAAUACACACUCCCACACACUGGGAAAAGGAUUCUUGAAUUUUCCAUAUUAUAACGAUGCUGUGUAAAUAUGAUCAUAUCUCAUUAUAUUGUUUAAUUAGAUUAGCUUACAAACCUGCAGAGCUCUGCCCUCUUUUUCUUCCCCACUGGCAUGAAAGCUCAAUCGUGUUACAGUAGCUGUUCUUGGCCUCAGUUGUCCUUUAGGUGUGUUUUUAUUUCCUGUACUUCAUGUUUCUCAAAGCAAGUGCAGAAGGUAUCCCUAAAUCCCCAGACCCAUCUUAGAGGUAGCAGUGUGUGUCAUAGCCAACAUGUAAAGAAUGCAAGAAUUUUUCACAGGGGGCAAUAUGGCUUAGUGGCUAGUAGGUUUGCCUCACACUUCUGGGAUGUGGGUUUGAUGUUCGGUUCUCCCUGUGCUUCAGGAGUUUCCUCUGGUUACUCUGGUUUCUUUCCCCAGUCAGUUGUAGGUUGAUCGGCGUUCUCUAAACAGAUACAGAUUUUACAGAUUUACCUUACUGCUUCAAGCACAGGUUAUGUCAGGUUGUCUUAUCAUUUAACGUCCUCUGAAUUUCUCCUAUGUCAUGUUUCUCACCUGUAACAUUCUGUGCCUUAACAUUGCUUAGUUUAAAGACAGUUUGCUUCCUGUUCUGCAAUAAGAGAAUGUUAGGAAUGCUAACACAUUUUGAAAAAGUGAUGGAGAGAUUAUAUGCCUGGGUAAGUAAUGAGGUGGCUGACAGCCAGCUGGUUCCACAAGUAUGUUAGGUCAGUUUGAUUCACCCAGAAUGAUGCAUACACACACACACACACACACACUUAAUCACUCACUCACUACCUCUUCGUGUUUUCUCUCAGCACACUUGGAUGCCAUCCUCUUUAUCACUUUCUUUUACUUCCAUACUCGAAAAUGUCAUAUUUCAGGAACGGCUGAAGAGGCGAAUACAUAACAACCAUUACAUUAAUGUCAUUUGCAUUAAUGUAAUGUGAGAUACUUAUUGUGAUAAAAGCUUCCAUUAUGAGAAGAAAAUGAUCUGGAGAAAACCACCACUUGGAUAUAAACAUUUACUGCAUCACGGAUUACGCCUGCAGCAAUUCACAAAUUUAUGUAAAAAAAUUUCUGAAACUUUUCCCAAAUCCAUUAGAGAACUUGGAGCGAUGCUAGCAUUUCCAUUCUCUGUUCCAUAUGUUCUCCAUGAGCACAUGACUAUAGCCUUCAGCCCCAGCAUUCAUGAUGUGCUUAACCUGUUAUCAGACCAGGAGCUGCAUCUAAUUUUUUUUAAGUAUUAGAAUAUUCAUGGAUCUGAGUGAACAGGAUUCAGCUUUGAGAGCUAGUCUCUUUGCUGUCAAAAAUAGAAAGUAUACUGUGCAGGUUCCAACAGUACAAUGCUAUGAAAAUCACUCAAACUCAGAUUUCGGAUUUAAGCUCUGCAUUAGGCUCUGAUCUGUUGUGAGAUAAAGGGGAACAUUUGGACCAGAACCACCUGCUGUUGCAGCAGACAGAUGAGGGCUAUUAUGAAGAGCUCAUUAGGCUGAAAAAAAUCACAUAAAGGCCUCCAGGAGCCACUGGGAGUUCCCCCCGGAAGCUGCUCAUCAUUCACAUAUGGGUGCCAAGCACAGCCUAAAUAUGCAAAGCAUUCCCAAAAAAUACUAUUGAUCAGUAAAACUGUUCAGUAAUGGUGCUGAUUACUAAUACUCUGUGCUGUAACAUGAACUUUCAAAAGUGGUUGGUUACUUUACUAGUUGCUGAACAUACCUGUUACAACAUGUUGAAGAUGGAAAUAAAUGAUAGGGUUAUGUUUCAAAUAGCACUGUCAAUGGUUAACUAUGAGGCUCAUACUUUAUUUGAUCAAUUAUUAUUCCUGUGUGUGAUCUACAGUAAAGGGCAAUAAGCUUAGUUUAUUUAUUUCACCCAUUUUCUUCAUAUAAUAGAUAUCACUACAGUAACUGCUUGAAGAACAGCUAGAAAAUGUCUCUCGUCAGAGUCUGAUUAUGGGAAGUCCUCUCACUAGAGGGCAGUGGUGAAACUCAAACUCCUGCACUGUGUAGGUAUCUGCCUGUGUGCCUUCCUCUGAUUCUGAUGUUUUGCUGUAGGAGUAGCAGUAGAGGUGAAGCCUGAGAUGCAGAGGGCUCUUGAGGGGUGAAAGUGUGAGCCGCUUAGGAGGCCUUCACACACUAGAGAAUGUAACAGGCAUGGUAUUAGAAAAUCCCCAGGCUUUCUUUUUUUUUUUUUUAUUGCAGGUUUCUUAUUUUAUUACUUUUUAUUUUUAACCAAAUUCUAAUUUUGGUGUCUGGCAGAUUUCUGUGAAUUAGAAAUGAUAAGUUCCCUUAUGCAAUUAUUUUAUUUGGUACCAGAAAAUCUUUCCUGAAGUAUGUUUAUUUUAUACUUAUCAGUUCUACUUAUUCAUGCUGUGAGAAAUCUGGGAAUGCCACUCUGAGCACAAAAACAUUAAAGGAGGGGUUCAGGAAAAACACAUAACAAACGAAAAAAAAGACAUGACCAUUCAUAUACACUAUAUGGGCAAAGGUAUGUUGACACCUGACCAUCGCACUUAUGUGGUUCUUCCCCAAACUGUUGUCACAAUUUUGGAAGCACACAAUGAAUGAAUAUCUUUCAACGUUACAGUUUCUCUUAACUGGAACUAAUGGGUCCAAACAUGUUCCAGCAUUAUUCUGCAAAAAUUUAUAGUCUUAUACUGGUCAUUUACCAAGGUUGGAGUGGAAAUAUUUGAAUGGUCUGUCCAAAGCAAUGAUCUCGACCACACUGAACACUUUUUGAAUGAACUGAAUGCACUUGAAUUGACUCCACACCACACCUCCUCAACCAGCAUCAGUACAUAAUGCUGCACAAAUCUUCACACAUUUCAAAAUCUAAUGGAAAUUCUUCCUAUAAGAGGAGGACAAAAUCUGGAAUGAGACAUUCAAAAAUCACAUAUGGCAAGGAUUAUCUGGUGUUGACCUUUCAGUCUCUCACACUAUAUCCAUAGCAAGGUUUUCUGGUUUAAAUACUAAAUAGCACUUUUCAUUAAAAGUGAUUAUAUUUGUUGAUGUUUUUUUGAGUGCCUGGACAGUGAGGGGAAAUGGUGUGGAAUAAGCACCACAGGCCCAGAAAGACACAUUCUCUAUGUAUUCCUUACUCUUGUCUUCCUUCUUGCUUAAUCCCAUCCUGGGUGCUUUAUUUUUAGCUGCACUCUUCACGUGCUUAGAGAUAUAACCAGACAUUAGCUUUCUCUUUCAUCAUGUCCGUAAGACAUACAGAUUUGCCAAAGUUUUCUUAAAUUGAUUACAGCAGCUUUACUGAAUGUCUAGAGAAUCUCCAGAUAGAUCUCUCUACUUGCAUGUGAUAAUAGGUAAGAUUGAUUGUGAUACCACAGAAUAAUGUUAAACUGGCUAGCAGUAUUGUAGCUUAAAUUGCUCAAAAUGUUUUCAUUGUAAGUCUUUUUUUUUAUUAUUAUUUUAGCCUAGAUUUGUUUAAUAUAAAAAUGGACCUAACAAGCUUUGCAUUUUUUUAACAUCUCAUUUCCAUCGUAUUUUCACCCACAUACACUAACAACCACUGAAGACUAACAACUGGGAAAUGAGAUUUGACUAAUAUGUUCUUUUAUAGGCUUCACUGUUCACUAACAAGCAUAUUCCUGCUGUUCAUGGAUGAUGGAUGAGCUAUGUUGAAACACAUGACAAACCUUUCCAUUGAUGGCAAUGAAGUAACAUCAAAUCAUGUUCUCUCUUCUUUUUUUUUUUGCUAAAUGCUUGUAAAUUAUGUUUAUUUUUGGCCAAAGUAACAAUUUAAGGAAAAUUAUAUGUCACAAAAGCUGAGAGAACGAUAAAUGAUUAUAAUUUAUAAAUGUGUUUAUUAAAA